UCUCAACCAGUGCUUUAACAAAGAUGGCAGAAUCAGAGAAGAAAGAUUCUUCAACUGGGAAUGCAAAAGAGAAAAUGUUAUUGCUAGAUGAGGACUUCUCUAAAGAUUUUCUUAGUUCAUGGAAGUCAGGCACUGAUGAUAUGGACUUCAGCUUUGAACCAGUCAGCAAAGGCAAGAAAAAGGCAUUCGACUUUGGCAUGGAUAUGGAUUUUUCUCUUGAUGAUGCAUUUGGCAAGAUGCCUUCUUUCAAGAUGGAUUUGCCAGAUAUUGAUUUUUCUAAUUCUCCAAAUAAAUCCAAAAAGUCAAAGGAAAAGUCAGAAGAGGAUUCUGCCAAAGGAAACCGUUCAGACAAACAUGACAAGUUCAAUUUUUCUUUCGAUUUUGACGGAAUGAACAUUAGUGAUGGGGAGAAAGAUCCUGGUGAUGGUGGUUGUUUUGGUAGUGCUAAAUUCCCUUCAGACACCAUUAACACUUCUGCAGCUAGUGUACAAACAACAAAUGAUGGUGGUAGGACAGAACUUUCUGUUUCUGAGGAUAUCCGAGAGGGAUCAACACAUACAAGUGCUAUUAACAGAAGCUAUGGCAGCAGCAAAAAUAAUGGGAAUACACUAGAUGACCAUCCCAGUUCAUGUACCAAAGAACUGAUUCAAUCAGAUUCAGUUAUAGAGAAAAGUGAAAGAAAUGCUGCUGCUCAAACUCCUCCAAGGGACCAUGAUGACCCUGUCAAUGGGAAAAAUAUGAAAGAAGUGAGUGUUAACACAGUGCAGCAUAAUGGCAAAGCAAAUGGUGGACUCCCUUCACUGGAAUGUGAGAAGAUGAACAACAAUGUCAAAAUUUCCGGGGAUAUGGAUUUUUCUCUUGAUGAUGCAUUUGGAAAGAUGUCAUCUUUCAAAAUGGAUAUGCCAGAUGUUGAUUUUCCUAAAUCCACAAAGUUGGUGGAAAUUUCAGAAGUGGUUUCUGCCAAGGGUAAACAUCAAGACAAGCAUGACAAGUUCACCUAUACUUUUGAUUCUGAUGGAAUGAAUACUAGUGAUGGAAAGAAUGAGCAUGGUCAUGGUGGUAGUUUGGGCAGUGCUAAGCUCCCUUCAGAUGCUGUUAACACUUCUGAAACUAGUGACACAAAGGCAAUGUCCUCCAUUGCUAGAUCCAGUGCCGAAAUGCUAAAGCCAGUUUCAAAGGCGUCAUCAACAACAUAUGACAGUGGACCAACCUCUGCAAAAACAACGCUGCUGAAGAUUAAAGUUCCACGAGCUAUUAACUCGAGGUUUCUGGCUGUACAAGCAACAAAUGAGGGUGGCAGGACAGAAUUUUCAGCUUCUGAGGGUAACCAAGAAGGCACAACACAUACUGAUGCUGUAAACAGAAGUGUCUCUGUUAGUUGUAGUUAUGGCAGCAGCAAACAUAUUGUAAAGGAAUUAAAUGACCGUCCAAGUUCAUGUACCAAAGAAUUGAUUCAGUCAGAUUCAGUUACGGAAAAAAGUGAGAAGGAUGCUGCUGCUCAUACUCCUCCUAGGGACCAUGACGACAUUGUAAACGGAGAAGAAAGGAAUGAGGCGAGUGUUGAUACAGUGACACAAAAUGGAAAAGCAGUCAAUGAUGGACUCCCUUCGCUGGAAUGUGAGAAAAUGACCAGCAAUGUCAAAUCUUCUGGCUUUAAAAUUCCUUUAUCGACUCCACCAGAACAGGGAACUAAAAAUGGCAACCAGAGGCAAGGUAAUCUUAAAGACAAGAUUUCAAGCAUUGCAUUGACUCAGAAAUUAAACAUUGGUCAAGGAAAUAAACUUACGUCCCAGAGAAUUGACAAGAAAACGUUUGCUCUUCCUAGUUUGAAAGUUACAAGGCGUACCACUACAGACAAACAUCCAGCUGCUCCCAUUAUGCUAAGUAAUGUUAAAUCUCUGGGAAUUGUUGAGAAAAGCACAAGGCCACAACAAGCAAUGGUUAAGACGGUGUCCCCUACUAUUUCUGGGAAACAAACUCCAACUCCCUCUUUGAAGCGCAAACCAUCUGAGGCUGCUGAUAUGGGUCCACCAAAGCUUUAUACACCAAAACGUUUCUCACCCAAUGAAAGCAGAAUGUCUAAAGUGGCAGUCAGAGAACCUGGAGAUGGGGUUCAAACUCAAGUUAACUCUGUGGUAGGAAGCACGAAGAAUGUCUCACAAGAGAACAAGACCCCUAAUUUUCAUUUUGAUCAAGAGGCAAACAUGGCAGCCCUCCAAUUCAGUUUGAUGGUGGAGAACGACGCAAAUGUUGAAAAGGCUGAGGCAUGCGCAAAAGAGCUAGAUAAUAUCUGCAACAUGUUGAAAAAGAAGCAUGAGGAAGCGAAGGAGUUACUGGUCCGAGCUCUUGUGAACAACAACAAUCUUUUGAUGCUGAACCAUCCCAUCUAUGAAGAAAAAAUCAGUGCAGUUCAAAGGCUUGCUUCUAAAUUGAUGUCAAAAGAGCUGGAAGUCGAGGCUUAAAAGAACUAUUCACACUGAUAACAGGAAGGAUGAUCCAGAAUUCCAGAUGCUAAAUCCUGCAGAAGGGGGAUAGCAUCAUUAUGUUGUAAAUGCUCUCGUCUGCUCCUCUUGAUCUGCGUAGUGUUUGAUCAAAUUUUUUUUUUUUUUUUUGACCGGUGUUUGAUCAAAUAUGUAAAUGAUUAUUUUUGCUAAAAGGUACUCCGUAUUGCUUAACUGUGAUAUACAAUUCAUAUAUGAAUCUUUGGAGUUCCUGGUUGCAGUGAGGCACAUUGCUGUUCUGUAAAGCCAAAUUUUACGGUCUGUAAAAUUCGUAAGAAAAUCAUUAUCCUCUGCAUGUUCUAUCUAUUGGAUUGAGUCUGAAUUGUGUAAUCAAGCACUUGCUGGAUUCACCAAUUACCGAGUCAAUUCCAUCUUCAAGUUUGC